CUCUCUUUCUGCUCCUGUUUGCAGUGUGUGCUUUUCACGGUGCUAUCUGCCUUCUCGAUUGUCGAAAUGUGAACAUGCCUGGAUUUCUGCACAACAGCAGCUCGCAGAGAGGAUUUGAUGGCAGGUCUUGAAGGGACGCAGUUUAACCGCGGUCUUGUUGUGGCGAGAGUUGGCGGAGAGGGUCUGGGGCACGGCGGCCCUGGCACUGGGGCACCGUGGCGCGGUUUAGGCUUUGUCACUGAGCGUUGUGUGGUGAAGGAUGAAUUUCAUCCCUUCAUCGAGGCUUUGCUGCCGCAUGUCCGCGCGUUCUCCUACACCUGGUUCAACCUCCAGGCCCGCAAGCGCAAGUACUUCAAGAAGCACGAGAAGCGCAUGACGAAGGACGAGGAGCGCGCCGUCAAAGACGAACUCCUGGGCGAGAAGCCCGAGAUCAAGCAGAAGUGGGCGUCCCGUCUGCUCGCCAAGCUCCGCAAAGACAUCCGGCCGGAGUUCCGCGAGGACUUCGUGCUCACCAUCACGGGGAAGAAGCCGCCGUGCUGCGUGCUGUCCAACCCCGACCAGAAGGGCAAGAUCCGCCGCAUCGACUGCCUGCGGCAAGCGGACAAGGUCUGGCGCCUGGACCUGGUGAUGGUUAUCCUGUUCAAGGGAAGCCCGCUGGAGAGCACGGACGGAGAGAGGCUGCACAAGUCGCCGCAGUGUUCCAACCACAGCCUCUGCGUGCAGCCACACCACAUCGGAGUGUCCGUGAAAGAGCUGGACCUGUAUCUGGCCUACUUUGUCCAUACGCCAGAAUCUGGACAAUCGGAUAACUCAAACCAACAAGGAGAAGUAGACAUCAAGCCUCCGCCCAAUGGGCACUUGAGUUUCCAGGACUGCUUUGUGACGUCAGGUGUAUGGAACGUGGCGGAGUUGGUCCGUGUGACACAGACACCAGUUGCCACAGCAACCGGACCCAACUUCUCUCUGGCCGACCUUGACAGUCCAGGAUAUUACAACAUCAACCUGGGUCGCCGUUCCAUUACGUCCACGCCAUCGACCAGGACUGAGAUGGAGUUUUAUGCCAGUCUCCCGCGGAGCUCCAACAAGCGUAAAUCCAUUGAUGACAGUGAGAUGGAGAGCCCGGUGGACGAUGUCUUCUAUUCGGGCCGUUCUCCUGCCCCGGGAGCGUCCCAGCCCAGCGGCUGGCCCAAUGAUGUUGAUGCAGUGCAACACCAUUUGGCCAGUAUGCAGGAGAGGAAGAUAAAACACGAAACCGAUGGCGUGCAGUUUCCUUACCAUGGACUCUCGUCGCCUGGUUCUCUUAAGAAGUCGGGGAAAUUCGAUUUCAGCGCUCUGUCCGGCCAUACGAGGUCUGCACGCAUGCCGUUCACCCAUCACCCGCUGCCCAUGCUGGCAGGUGUAAGACCAGCAGGAAGUCCCCGUGCCUCAGCUUCCUCCCUGCACUUCCCCUCAUCCUCCAUCAUACAGCAGUCCAGCCCAUACUUCACCCAUCCCACCAUCCGAUACCACCACCACCCGGGACAGGACCCGCUCAAGGAGUUUGUGCAGUUCGUGUGCGCCGACGGAUCGGGACAAGCUAGUGGUCAGCCGAACGGGAGCGGCCAGAGCAAAAUGCCGGGCUCCUUCUUGCUGCCUCCACCCCCCCCUGUGGCGCGUCCAGUGCCCCUCUCAAUGCCAGACUCUAAACCCAGCAGCACGCCCCCUGACGGCGGACUCACCUCACCCACAUCUCCUUCAUACUCCACGCCAGGCUCCACAGCUCCCAACAGGUUUGUCAGCAUCGGAUCACGGGACAACAACUUUCUGAACAUACCCCAGCAGACGCAGUCAUGGUUCCUUUGACGAGGUCCUGCCUGCAACCUGUCAACACAAUUUGGAAGUUUUAUGACAAAAAAAAAAAUCCUGUUUGAAAAUCCCCUCCGACCCGGAACGUGCCCUAAGAAACGUGAGCAGCAUAUGAUUGGAAAACGUUCGACCCUGUGUUUGCCAACCGUCAGACGCCCUUCAAGCCCGCUCCUCCACCUCCGAUAAAGACUUUCAGAUCACAGCAGGAGGUGAGGGACUGACACGCACCUACAGCAUCUCGCAAGAACCGUCACCAAACCAACGGCAACAUAGAGGAGGAAGAACCCCAUGAACACCGACAGAAAAUCUUACUAGGAACAAGGAUGUAGUGUACAGUGGCAGGGAUUAUCAACAGUUUCAGUGGUGAGGAUUCAGACACAACAAAAACGCAAGAUUUUGACCAAUUAAACUUCAAUUUUUUUGUUUUCAAAACACUUGCUGAUGUUCAGCAUACAGGCGACACUAAAAGUCAUUUCACAUCAUAAGAGCCCCGGACGUUUUGCAUUUUUAGCUAAUUAGCAUGCAGUAGAAACGUCUUUCUUUCCCUUUUGCGGUCAAUUACUAAACUAACUACGAAGUAUUGCACUACAGUAAUGCGAAGAACACUAGUUCGAUGUGCACUAUUGAAAAUGGAAUCGACGGCGGACAUUAUUUGCACAUUUUAUUGCGGACAAAAACUAACUGGCAGACUAAAGCUACCCAGAUACCCGUUCUCAUUUUCAGGCCUCAAACUGAAUUUUUUUAUUAAAACAAAA